UGAAUUUUUUCCAUGUUAAUGUUUUUAAAUAUAUGGAGAAUUCUCGAAAUUCUAAAAAUGAACUUAAAACCAGACGACGCUUUGCUUUAACAUCAAAGCAUAAAGAAACGUUUACUUUCUCAGCCUCAAGUUGUAAGACAGAAGCAAAAGUUAUAAGACUCAGACAAAGGGAAGAAGAAUCAGUGACCACAGAAGCUGAACCAACACUUGCUUUCUCCUACUCAGGUUAUAAGGCUGAAACAAAAGGAAGAAGAAUUAGUAUAAACACUUCAUAUACCAAGGGCGAGCAUCCAUUUCUACCCUCUCUGCCACCACAUUCUCACAAAUCGCCGGUGCCACAAUCCCCUCUUGUCUUGCACGUCUUGGUUGUCUCUGCUGUUCAUGAGGGAUUGGAAGCUGCCUUGUCUUGUCAAAGGCCACAUCAUAAUAGAGAUGUACUAACACUUUAGUUUGAAAAUCAUCGCUGGCCAACCGGUACUCAUGUUGUCUCCACCCCGUGGUAACUCCUUGGUUUGUAACAAAAUCCACUGUUUCCUUAUGCCCUAGAAUCCUGUCUCUUCUUAUUAUCUUCUUGGUUUCCCUAUACUUCCAUCUUCCACCAUUUCUGUUGUCUAGGACGGCUCUGUAAGGCCUAUCCCUCAUCAGCAAAGUCCUUGUAACAUAAUACCAGUAGUUAUUGUCAGGGAAGUACUGAUGGAGCGGAAGCUUCUAAGGAUAGAACUAGAGAUCUGUUGAUUCCUCGGAAUA